AUGGAGUUUGAUAUGGAACAAGAGGCAUACGAAUUUUAUAAUGCAUAUGGGGGUAGAGUUGGAUUUAGCAUCCAGAUGGAGUAUUUUAGUAAUAGCCGUAAAACUGAGAAACUUUUAACGAGGUUGUUUACUUGUUACAAGGAGGGUGUUAGGAAGAAGGAUAGAAGGGACAAACAUACAACGACUCCGCGAGUUGAAACAAGAACUGGUUGCGGUGCACGAAUUCAUAUUAAAUAUGAUGAAGCAAAGGGAAAGUACUUAGUUGAUAAUUUUUUGGAUGCUGAACAGAUGAUAACCAAUAUAUUAUGGGCAGAUCCUAAAAUGAUAACUGAUUAUGGCCAUUUUGGAGAUGUUGUAACUUUCGACACUACGUACAAACUUCUACAUGGCAACUGUCCUUUUGCAUUGUUUUUGGGUGUUAAUCAACACCAGGAGACGACUGUAUUCGGGGCAGCCCUUAUGUAUGAUGAGACGUCAGAUUCAUUUGUGUGGUUAUUUGAUACUUUUUUGAAAGCGAUGCCUGGAAAGAUACCAAAAACAAUUUUGACUGAUUGA